GUCAUCAGCGCGAGUGUGAGGCUUUUCCAGCGUAGAGCUUUAGAGCAGCUGGGAGACGUUUGUUGACAGACGAUCAUAGCUACCUUUCACCGAUGAAAUAAAAAGUCCCUUCCGUUAGUGGUGUUAUCCUGAGUGUCAUCCAGUGGAUCUCUACGAGUGGCAGAAAAGGUCUGUUUACAUUGACUACAGCUGCCAGGGCCGCUAAUGUAUGCACAGUACUACUAAGGACUUGGGUCUUGUGGCUCCUCCCACACUGGCAGUACUUGCAGGAUUAGUGCCUGGGGGCUGGGGGACGAAUCUGCCAUCCUCUGCCAAUAGGACCUGGGUCAGGACGCAAGUCACCCCUGACAACCAGCUCCACACAUCCUCACAGAACAUGAUGAGAGGCAGUGGUUGCCAUGGAGCUACCAGAUAAGAAGCAGGAGGAAGGAGUGACUCUGGGCCUGUCCACGACUCAGGCCCUUGAGACGCUCCGUGACCAGCUAUCCAGCCUCCUGGAGCAGUACCAGAGACGCAGCCAACGCACACCAACCAUACAGGAGCUAUGGGUUAAGAGUUUCCUCAACCAUGACGACCGUCAAUCCUGCUUCCAUUGGCCGGGGGCUGCCCUCACACUGCUUGUGGUGGUUGGGUUGCUCUGUUGCCAUGGCAGCCAGCCAAAAGGAAGUCAAGGCAUAGAGCUGGUGAAUGCAGGAGCGCUCUUUCUUCUUCUGCUCCUGAACCUCUUCCUUGUUGGACGUCAGCAGAAGCUAAAGAGGAGCGAGAUGGUGCGACGUCUCAAGUCCAUCAUCUCCGAGCUGAACGAACAUAUGGCAAGGAGUACAGGGCAACCGAUCAGAUGGGCUCCUUCUCGCUACCCUGACCUGUACACACCUUCCUCUCCAUCCUGGUCUCUUCACUGGACAUUCCGAGAUGAGCAGUUGGUUAAUCUGCCUGUCAGUCUGUUGGUGGAGGGUGACGUUAUCGCCUUAAGACCUGGCCAAGAGGCAUUCGUCUCUCUCCGAGGCAUCAAGGAUGAUGAGCACAUUGUGCUGGAGCCUGGAGAUUUGUUUCCACCCUUCUCCCCUCCACCCUCCCCUCAUGGGACCGAUAAAAGGAGCCCUCACAGCCCCCAGCAGUACAGACUCUUCAGGGUGGUCCGCACCCCCAUACUUGAUAAUGUAAGAAAUAGCCUUGACCUCGCCCUCUCACGCCCAGUCACAGUUCUGGAUAAUGAGCGCUUCACAGUGCAGUCAAUCAUAGCCAGGUUUGCCUGCCCGGCUGUGCUGGUGGCAUUUUUUACUGUAAACACAGUUCGCUACUGCUGUCAUGCUCCCAGUCUCACUCCAGCUCUCUUCAACUUUUUUCAGUUACAGCUGAUGGGAGUCCUUCCCAUCCUGCCGCUGCUCUUUCCUGUCAUGUGGGUGCUGGUCAUCGCAUACGGAGAGGCACGCGUGUUAGCCGAGUCCAGCCGCACCUCUCCCUCAGGCCUGCUGGCUAAGUUCUCUGAGGACACUCUAAGCAGCUACACAGAAGUGGUGUCCUCGCAGGAGAUGCUGCGCUGUGUGUGGAGAUAUCUGGUGGGUGUUCUGAAAGGAGAGACUCAAACACUGUGCUACACGUCGAGUCUUCUGCACAACCUGGGUUCAGUGACAGUCCUGUGCUGUGUGGACAAGCAGGGCGUGCUGUCUUGGCCUAAUCCCAGCCCAGAGACCGUCCUCUUCUUCAGUGGACGCGUCGAGCUGCCCCAUGACAGCCAGGACGACCUGCGGGAGGACCUGUCUGUCAGCUCCUUCUGCCAUCUGGACGGAGAGGACGAGCGAGACGAGGCUCAGGAAGGUGAAGCCCUUCUCAGCAGACCUGUAUUUGAACCUUUCCUUCAGCCAGCCAAUGAGCAGGAGCCUAGCGAACUAUCACAUGACAUCAUCCGCUCCAGCGACCUGCAACGUGCUCGCCGGGGCCCCCAGAGCACGCGCUCCAAACACCCAUCCGGCUCCAACGUCAGCUUCAGCCAUGAUACAGAGGGUGGUGAGGAGGAGAGCACCCAGUUGUGUGGCGUCAGUGACGGCCUGUGUGAGGCCGAGGACUUUGUGUGCGACUAUCAUCUGGAGAUGCUGAGUCUCUCCCAGGACCAGCAGAACCCUGUGAGCAUCCAGUUUGAUGAUUCAGGCUGGCAGAGCUACCUGUCUUCCCUGAAGCCACUGGGCCUGAACAUCAUGCUGAACCUGUGCAACGCCACCGUCACCCAGCAGCUGUGCCGCUUCUCAGACCACCUGUCCAACCUGGCACUGCAGGAGAGCCACGGGGCCGUGCGGCCUGUGCACGUGCCCUGGGGUCUCUGUGAGCUUUCCCGCCUCAUAGGUUUUACUCCAGGAGCGAGAGAGCUCUUUCAGCAGGAGAACCACCUGGCUCUCUACCAACUUCCCUGUGGGGAGAAGGCCAGAGAGUCAGCCUCACGCCGCGGACACCAUGCUGCCAAGCGCCAGCCACCCAUCAGCCACCUUAUCAGCCUGCUGGUCCGCGACACCACCACCAACAACGUGCAGAUGUUGUCCCAUGGCUCGGCAGACCUCAUUCUGGAGGCCUGCACAGACUUCUGGGAUGGCACGGACAUCUACCCCCUCUCUGGCUGUGACAGGAAGAAGAUUCUGGAUUUCUACCAGCGUGCCUGUCUGUCAGGCUACUGCUCUGCUUUUGCCUACAAGCCCAUGCAGGUGGCCUUGUCUGGCCAGCUAAAUGGGAAGUUUGUGGAGCUUGCCACUGGGCCAGCACUCUUCUCCGGGGUGGACCUGCCUAGCACCACACCCAUCAAACACACUAGCCGCCGCAACAGCUGGAGCUCAGAUGAGGGUAUAGGAGAGAGCUUAGAGAAGGAGGACUGCGUCCAGGCCCUGAGUGGCCAGAUCUUCAUGGGAAUGGUGUCGUCUCAGUUCCAAGCACGCUUGGACACUGUUCGCCUCAUCGAGAACCUGGUGGGAGCCUGUAUCCGCUUCGUCUACUUCUCCAGGGAGGAUGAACUGCGCAGCAAGGUAUUUGCAGAGAAGAUGGGUUUAGAAACAGGCUGGAACUGCCAUAUCUCCCUGACCCCUAACAGAGAAGGCCCUGGUGAUGGUGCCCCCUCCAGCCCAAGCCAGGCAGGAUCUCUGCACGAGGACCUACUGCAGGAUUCUCGGGAUGAUGCUGAGGGCCCCUUGCUUCCCGAGGAUGAAGGGCAGUCAGACCACGCCAGCUUCCAGCCCACUGACAGUGAUGUGCCCAGCUACCUGGAAGACUGCAACAGAGCUAAGCUGCCUCGCGGUAUCCACCAGGUUCGCCCUCACCUGAAGAACAUUGACAAUGUGCCUCUGCUGGUGCCACUUUUCACUGACUGCACCCCUGAAACCAUGUGUGAGAUGAUGAAGAUCAUGCAGGAGAACAGGGAGGUGACAUGCUGCUUGGGGAGCUCUGCUAACUUCCGCAACUCCUGCCUGUUCCUCCAGAGUGACAUCAGCAUCUCCCUGGACCCUCUGUACCCGGCGCGGUGCUCGUGGGAGACAUUUGGCUAUGCGGCAGGCUGCGGCCGGGCUGAGGAGCAGGAUGAGCUGUCCCCGCUGGGCCUGAGCGCGCGUCUCAACAGCCUGACCUGCUCCGUCUCCUUUCACCAGGGCGAGAGUGUCAGCAUAGUCAAGCUCAUUGAGCAGGCCAGGCACACCACAUAUGGGAUCCGCAAGUGCUUCCUCUUCCUGCUGCAGUGCCAGCUCACUUUGGUCAUCAUCCAGUUCUUGGCCUGUCUUACCCAACUUCCUCCUCCUUUGAACAUAACCGACAUUCUGUGGCUUUCUUGUUUCUGUUACCCACUGCUAAGUGUGUCCUUCUUGGGGAAGCCACCAGACAGCUCUGUGAUGACAGUUGCCACUGGAAAGAAUCUCGAUGCCAUUCCUCGGAAGACCCAGCAGUACUUCCUGGGCUGGUUCCUGCUCAAGUUUGGGCUGACAAUGUGUGCCUAUCUGCUGGGCUUUGGGUUUUCCCUGCAUGAAGUGUGUACCAGCGCUGCUAACAGCAGCAGAGCAGCAAAUGUCACUGGUGGCUGUUCCCACAUCCUCCUCAAUGGAUCAGAUGAAAAUGCACCGAAGUGGUUUGGCGAGUUGUCUAAUGGCCUGCUGCUCAUCCAAAAGGUCAUGGCAGGCUUCCUGGCUUUGCAUACUGUGGUGAUCUCUCUCAGCUAUGUGCACCGCUCUCAGCCAUUGUGGAGGAAAAACCCCUUCAGCAACACAUGGUGGUGUCUCAUCGUGCCUGUUGUGUUCUUGGGUCAGGUGGUGCAAGCUACAGUAGAUUAUCAGUUAUGGCAGGACAGAAGUGGAGAACUAGACUUUACAUUGAGUCAUGUGCCCAUGGUAGUCUGGCUACUGAUGUCGCUGUCCACCGUGUUAGUGGUUCUGAUCAACGAGGCUGUCAAACUGCAUGAGAUCAGGGUACGUGUGCGUUACCAGAAGAGACAGAAGCUCCAGUUUGAGACUAAGCUGGGAAUGAACUCUCCUUUCUGAGCUGCUAGAACACGGGACUGUUACCAGUGACCAGCAGUAGAGGGCAGGACCUCUCACCUCUCACCUCAAGGCCUAACCCCACCACCAACCCACUGGCCCUGCUCAUGUGGAGCUCCUAGCCACCAAAACCUCAGUCCACAACAGCUUUCAAAUCAAGAGUAGAUAUUUUUUUUUUGUCUUCCAUUUCCUUUCAAUAACAUGAGAUCUUUUAGCUGCAUGCUAUCUAAUGUUUCAACAUUGGAAAAUUAUGGGAUGUGAAAGUUGGAAAAUGCAGGAAGGAUGAGAGGUUAUACAGUUUACAAGAGUCAUCCUUCAAAACUAUGGAUUUCCAGCCUCCUCCAGUCUGCGGUUCUGCCACGAUAUGUCCGACAGACUGUGGAAAUCUAGGUAAGGUGGAUUGUUUUAGUUUGUGUUUAGUAUUAUAAUUAAGUUGAUUUUCACUUGACUCUCAAGCCAGUGGUUACAGUAGCAAGGAGACCUGUGGAAAGAACAGCUUCUUUCAAUGCUUUGUCAUGCAUGUUGAAUCUUCCUGGGUGAUGUAUUUUAAACACCAUAGUCUGUUCAAUACCUGGACAGUGAUUUGCAUCUCCACAUACUGUGGGGUCUUGCAUAUGAUGGAUUUGAAUGUGAUAAAAGCUUGGUGUAUUCUACAAAAUACCUCACAUCUAGUGCUUACAGACAAGACAUCUUUGCACUUACAGAAAAAAAGCUUAUGUUCGGUUAAUGGCUGCCUGGUAAGAGAACCAUAUGGAAGUAUACCACUCAAAGCAAGAGGGGAAGAUUAAGUUGAUUUCAUAAAUCCGAUGAAAUGUGAGACUGUAAUCAGCUGUGAGGAGUCGCAUGCUACAAUAGUAAGGUUGGAAAUUAGGGACAGUUUCACUCACUCUUGUUACAAUGAAGAGUAAUAAUUUAUGUUCUAGUUCCUGGAUACUAAAAUGAUUUAUCCCAGAAGCAUGUAAUGUCAUGAAUAUGUACAUCUGAGCUCAACAAAGGGAAUCUAUCCAGAUGGUGACUAGAUGGAACUCGUUCUAAAUUAGAUUCUAAACACCAGGGUUUAACAUUAAAUUCAGAAAUGGCUUGUUGCAUUUAUCUUUUUCCGCUUAUGGUUCAAAUCAGUCAAAUUGCUGUACAAGUAAUAAUUAGCAGGCCUGGGUUCUUUUUUUUAAAUAUGUAAACAGCUAGACCAGCAACAGCUGCUAAGUUUAAUCAAAUCAGUAAGGGCAUGUUCAUAGAAAAACACGCUUCCAUCCACUCCAUCCAUCUAAUGUUCUCACAUGCUGUGCGUUGCCUGAGUUCUCUUUUGUUUACAUAUGUGAAUGUCAGCCUGAAUCUUUUGCAUGCUUUGAUAAGACAGUAAUGCUUGCUGGCUUCCUCAUCACACAACUGAGACUAGAUUGCUAUUUUAAACAUCUAGAGUUCAUAUUUCUGCAUUUGACUCUGGUUUGGGGAGGGCUGUCUUAGAUGAUGGGUUUUAAUUUUAAUUAUCCCUUUUCCCCAUAGAGAGACAGUCUUUACUGGUGAAGAAGGCAGUUAAGUUUAUUGCUAUUCUACCUCUUGUUGAUUGCCUCAAUAUUAUUCCACCUUUGUUCAUUUUAAUACAGGGUGUUUUACUGAUUACUUUGAGCAUAAUUAAUAUGCUAUUCUUUAAAUGACCAGCAUAUUGCCUUCCCAAGAACUCUGCUACAUCCCUUUGGAGGGGGCCUGUGAGUAGACUGAAACACUACAGUUACAUUAGAGUAACUAAUAAAAACAUAGUGGAAAUGGUAAGACUUGAAGGAGUGGCUCACUGAGGAAUACUUCAGCUUUAGUGCAGUGAGCUCAAUAGAAUCUUACUUCAGUUUACCUCUGUGAGCUAUGACUGACCUGUUUUGCUUUUUCUGUGUGCUUUUAAUGGACCCCAUCCCUCUCUAUGUGAGGUAGUUUCUUAGAGUUCCUAGGGAAAUGGUGUCUUGUAUUUCACCUAUGUCCAUUUUAAAAACUUUCGCUGAUGAUCAUAAGCACUUAUUCCUGUCUGUGAUAAGUUUGAGCCUACUAGUCUGUAAUUGCAUUUGAUAUUUAUUUUAUGCCACGGCUUGUCUCAUACUUUUUAUAUACACAUGUUAAAUGUUAAAAUGGCAGGAAUUUUUUACACACAUGCUGUACCUGCCUGUGGAGAAUGUCAUAUGUGCAGAAUAUCAUGGCUUUACACAUUUGUAUGCUUUUCUGUUUCAUGCAUUCACUGUUAACCUGCAGGGUCCCCACCAACCCCAAGACUUGAAGGCUCUUCAUUAGAACUAUCAUUAUCAUUGUAAUAAACUCCCACCUCAGGGCAGGUUAUAAUGUAUGUUGCUCCCCUAUCUUUCAAUCAUUGCAGAGCAACCAAAUGGGCAUUGAGAGAGAUUUUUGAACUGGUGCUUUAGCGCUGACAUAAAAAUUGUAAAAGGAGAGUAAGCAGGGAGUUAAAACUUCUGAAAAGCACUGAUCAGUUCUGUAAGUACAGCACUGCAUAAUCAGCUUAGAAAUAUGUAAUGGAACAUGACUGAGCAACUUUUUGUACAGUAAUGUAGAAUUAUACUAUCCCAGUUAUUUUUGAAAUGUUAAAAUACAUAUUUAAUUUUUGCUGAAAUAUGCAUGUUCAAGACAUUAGGAAUGCAAUGACUUGAUUAAUGACUUGCUCUUUCGUUCUAUGUUGGCUCAAGACUGCAUGGGCAGCAUUUGUGGUUCAUAUCAAUGUUACCCUGCCCUUUUCAGCCAAUCUCUGCCUCUCUACUGUACAUAUAUUUGUGCAAAUAAAUUAUCAGAAUAAAAGGUGUAUUGGUUGGCACCAACUGAUAUUAAUAAUUUUGCUAUUUAUGAAUGUUCACAAUUUAUAAAGGUUGUACAUUUUGUAUUUUCUAAGAUGUCUUUAAAUUGUUUUCCCCAAGUGA